CCCGCUGAAACAUAAUUAUUUUCUCAUACUUCAUAUAGUAUUCAGUAGAUUCUGAGUUUUUGUGUGUUUGUUUCUGUAGGCUGUGAUCUCUCUGGUGAUAAUGACCUGGUAGAAAUCACCCAACACCAAGGAGAUUCAGUUCUGUUACCCUGCUCCUGCUCUGACCUGAACACCAAACCUCAGACAUUCACCUGGAUGACCUUCAGAACAGGACCUUCGACUGACGUGUUAAAUGAUGAACACUACCGUGGCAGACUUCAGCUGUUUAAUAACAUUUCUCCUGGUAAUCUGUCUCUGUUCAUAUCUGACCUGAGAGAAGAGGAUCAGGGAGUCUACAGGUGCAGCACUGAGAAGGGACUCAGAGACAUCACAAUUUAUGUUAAAGGCUGUGAUCUCUCUGGUGAUAAUUAUCAGGUGUUUAAUGGACACCCAGGAGGUUCAGUUCUGUUACCCUGCUCCUGCUCUGACCUGAACACCAAACCUCAGACAUUCACCUGGAUGACCUACAGAACAGGAUCUCUGACUGACGUGUUAAAUGAUGAACACUACCGUGGCAGACUUCAGCUGUUUAAUAACAUUUCUCCUGGUAAUCUGUCUCUGUUCAUAUCUGACCUGAGAGAAGAGGAUCAGGGAGACUACAGGUGCAGCACUGGAUUCUGGGAAUACAGAGACAUCAGGAUUAAUGUUGAAGUAGGAAGAAGAGAAACUUCAACACACUCGGGGAAAACAGACAGAAGACCUCCAUCAGAACAGCCUCCAAGUAAAACAACAAACUCUCCACCUUCAUCAUCCUCAACAACACUGGAACAAGAAAGCAAAGCAACUUCAGCUCUCUCAAUGAAAACACACAGAAGACCUCAAUCAGAACAGCCUCAAAUCACACCAAAAACCUCUUCACCUUCAUCAUCCUCAACAACACUGGAACAAGAUGAACAAGAAACUCAUAGCAGCCUCCCUCUGGUGUUCGGCAUUGCGGCAGCUUUUCUGUCGGUGAUAGUCGGUGUAGUGGCAUUUAUUUGUUGGAGAUGCAAAGGAGGAAGAUGUGGAAAGAAGGUGAUUACUGAAGGACGUCCAAAGCAGAAGGAUCAGACUGUACCUGAUGUUACUUACUCUACUGUAAGCCACAUUCACACAGCCGGAGCAGCUCGGGUCCAGAUCAACGCUGGAGAGAAAACCGAAUACGCCAGCAUUGUAACAAACUAAUCUGCAGUAAAUAUAUAGAAUAAUGCUGAAAUCAUACAGUAGAUUAAAAACAUACCAUGAUAAGCACAGGAUUCAUGAUAUCGGUUCGGUUUAUUUUACUGUGAUUUUUUUUCUAGCCAUAAAAAACAGAUUUAAUCAUAUGUGUGCUGAUGAAUAAUCUCAGAAAUAAUAUUUUGAGUCUACAUUUAAAAAAAAUUUCUUCUUUUUUCUUCUUUUUCUUAGAAAAAAGAAAAAGAAGAAAAAUGAAAGUUCAUCACCCUGUUUUGUGUAAGACGACUGCUGUAGAAGUUGUUUGUUUGUGACUGUCGUGGGAAAGUCGUCUGGACUGAAUGUGGAUUUCAAAAUGAGUUUUUGUAAAACACACUUAUAGUUAGUUAAAGGGUUUGUGACAGUGGUCUUGUUGAGUGUGGAGUAUUACACAGUGUUCUUUCUGCAUGGUACAAUGCUACAACGUCCUCUACAUUAGUUGUCUCUGUACACAGUGACCUGGCUGAUGCUUGAUAAUGUCUGUAUAGCUGAUAUUAUUGUGUGAAGUUAUCUUCAUGCUGAUGAAUUGUACAACCUGCUUCACUGUGAGAACAAGUGCUGAGAACAGACACAGUGCAGGACCGCUGAUGUGAACCAGUCCUGUGGUUGUACCUCAUGCAUUACAUCAGACUCUAUUAUUAUUAUCAUUAUUAUUAUUAUUAUUAUUAGUAGUAGUAGUAGUAGUAGUAGUAGUAGUAUUUAGUCCCCUGGUGGUAAAGCUGCAGGAUCCCAUGCUCUCAUUCCUGCAGCCCGGGUUUAAUUCCUGUGUAGGGCACUAACCCAGACACUGAGGGAUUAACUCUCAGUGUCCAGAUGAAAUGGGAGGGUUGAAUCAGGAAGGGCAUCAAAUAUAUGGACCAGAUGAUCUGCUGUGGUAACCUCCAAUAGGGAGCAGCUGAAAGAAAAACAACAACAUUAUCACUAUUUAAACACAAUUAUUAUUAUCUAAAUGUUAGCUAUUUGUGAUCAAAUCACAGGUUUAAAUAAAAGUGUUUCAGACGUAGAAAUCAGGCAGUGUCAAAACUGCUGCCUGUGUUAUUCAGCUGAGAGCGGGUAUAUUUUGGCACAAGUGACUUUUUUAACUAAUUAAGUUUUAUAAAGUCACUCUUACUGCUGCUGAAAUGGGUUCCAUAUACAAUGUUUAAGGAUUUUUAGGGAUCCUGUUUUUCACACAAUCAGCUUUUUUCCAGACAUCUCACCAGGUCUGAUUUAGUUCAUGUUCAACUUGCUCCUCUGGGGUUCAGGGUUUGAUUCUCUCCCCUGCCCUGUGUGUAUGAGAAGUUAGAAUCUUCUCCCUGUGCUUUUUUGGUCUCUUUAAGGUCCAAAGACAUGCAUUGUAGGCUGAUGAACAUCUUUAAAAUGUAUUUUGUGUGUAAAUGGGUGUGCAGAUUUCUCUAUGUUGGUAGCCCAUCCAGGGUGUCCCCCGAGUUCCCUUUGUGUAGGAUAUGGUUUACAGAAGAUGGGUGGAUGGAUUUUUUUGUUUGUAUAAUACUUCUAAAAUGAUAUUAGAUCUAUUAAACUUUUCUUUGGUUUUGCUUUGUGGUGGACACAUGGAAUACUUGUGUAAAUCAAAACCAUGCAUGGUCACAACUUUAUUAGGAUAUUAGCAUGAAAUGUAUGUUUAAGCAAUACAUUUGUAGUUGUUUGUAGCUUGUUUGUUACUUAUAUGGCAAAUAAAAUGACAACAAUGAAGAAGGAUAUUUGAAAAUUGUAAUGUAGCACAAUCACAACCAUAAUAUUUUCUAUUUUUGUGCAUAAAAACAUUGAAGCACAGAAUUUUAUCAGCAGAUCACAGUGAAUGCAUCUCAGAAUUAUAAAAGGUUAAAGCUACGAACAGCUUCAAAUAAAUGACUGCAAUAAUUACUUUUGACCACCAGAAGUCACGUCAUGUCUACGUUUUCAAUGUUCCGGCACAUCAGGAAGAACAAUCUUGUGAUUUCCUGUUUACAUACACAGCAAAUGUAAUUAAAAUGUAAUAAGCCUUUAGUUAAAUCUUAUUUGUUAAAAAAAGAAUGCCCUUAUAAAAGAAAUGUUCAGCCAUGCUGUAAAUAAAGAAUUACAAUUG